AUGUGGAAGUACAUUUGUGCCCUCAUCAUCUUGAACGCCUGCUGCAACGCGGGACCACUCAAUCAAGAGAGGAAGAAUAUGCCCAUAAAGGCACACGAGGAUAGCGUUGCAAUGUCUCAGGAAUCCCAGACGCAGACGGAGACGGAAUCAGAAGUGCAAACGGAAGCGGAAGCAGCUGCUCCCUUGGUGGGCACUUUGACGUUGCCCAGCAAUGCCACUUCGAUCAGAGCGGACAUCACGGAUAGUUUUUCGUGUGCCAACAAAUCGUAUGGCUACUAUGCUGAUGUGGAGAACGAUUGCCAGAUCUUCCAUGUCUGUCUGACAGUGACUUACGCUGAUGGCAAGGAGAACACCUUCCGCUGGAGUUUCAUCUGCCCUGAGGAGACUAAUUUCAGUCAGAAAUCAUUCACUUGCAUGCGUCGCGAGGACAUGACCAUCGAGUGUGAGGAAAGCUACAGAUACUACGAGCUGAACAGCAACUUUGGCGUCUCCACAGAAGAAGAGAAGCAAUCUGCAGCGGCAGCCUCCGAGAACGAGCAGAUCGAUCAACAACCUGAGGAGAGCGAAGCUCCUGCUGCGCCUGCCGAGCCCGCGCCCGAACCCGUCGUGGAUCCUGCGAAGCCUGUGAAGGUGCAGAAGCCCAAGCCAAAGCCAAAUCGUCGCAAGCCCGCUGUUACCUACAACAAACCCCAGAGGAAGGCACCUGUUCCUGCCACCACAGCACCUGUCGUUGAGCCUGUUGAGGCAGUUGAACCCGAGCCUGUUGCUGUUGUAGAAGAACCUGUGCCAGAGGCUUCCGAACCAGUGGUUGCCAUUGCACAGCCGGAGACUGAGCCAGAGCCAGAACCAGAGCCACAGCCAGUGGAUAUUGCAGCUGAGCCAGAGCCAGAGCCAAAUAAGACUGAGACGGUAGCUGAGCAGGAUGCCCCAAUUAAGAUGGAACUGAAUGAAGUGCAACCCGUUGACGCCUUUGAGGAAAUUCCUACUGUGAUUGCCGAGACCUUGGAGAAAAAGUCGCAAGAGAUUGAGCAGCCAGUGGAACAGCCAUCGAAGAAGCAGCAGCCAGAUGAGUUAUCAGUAGAGCAACCAGCUGAGAUUCUAGUAGAGCAGCCAGCUCAGCAGCCAGAGGGGCUGCCAAUAGAGACAGAGAAAAAGCCAGUGGAUGAACCCGUGGAACAAAUUAAGGAACAGACAGCUGAGCAGCCUGUGGAGGAGAUUCAGGAACAGGCACCUGAGCAGGCAAAUGAGACGCCUGUUGAAAUGCCAGUUGAGACCCCAGUUGAGACGCCAGUAGAGACACCAGUUGAGACACCAAUUGAGCAGCCACAGGAACAGGAAGUAGAACAGGAAGUCCAACAGUCAGCAGAGCAGCCAGAGAGCAACCAAAUCAUUGAAGAGCCCAAGCUCGAAGCAGCUCCUGCAGGCUCGACUGCUCCCGAAGUUGCCUCAGCUCCCGUAGCUGAGCACGAGCCUGAACCCGCAUCGAGUGCUGAGCAAGAAGAAGUUAUCCUACCUAUUUACAAACGUAUAUCCAUCGCUGAGCCCAGCAUGUCCAAGGUUCAGAUGGCGCCCGUGACUGUCAGCGAAGUGGAGAAGUCAGAGCAACAGUUGGAUAAGCUUAAAACCCAAACCAAAAUGGAUGCACCCAAGCUUCGUGUUCAGUUCUGGAAAAAAUUUUUUUCCUUUUCUUUUCUUCCCAAAGCACAAAACCAUUAA